CUGCAAUUUGAAUUUGAUAAGAAGAGUUUGUACUCGGAUCGGAUUGAGAUAUUAUUUAUAUAUUAUAUUUCGAAUUUUCGGCUCAAACGUAGUUCUUCUAUAGUCUAUUAUACUAUUAUCGAUGUCAGUCAUUGAAAAGGACCUCUACCGUGAUACACCAGUGCGUUAUCUGGGGUACGCAAAUGAGGUCGGGGAGGCGUUCCGUCCAAUCACAAAGAAGAUAUUCGUUCACGCUAGCUACGGUGUCGCGAUUUGCUAUGUACUUGCGGAUACGGCGGACAAGUCCAAGAAGCAGUAUCAGAAACCAGAAGUACUGGGCGGUGGCCCACGUGGGGCAGCAAUUGCAACCGGUGACACCUUGAUUUGGCAAAUGUUGGCGUCAGUUAUUAUUCCUGGUUACACCAUCAAUCGAAUUUGCUGGAUGUCGAAGAAGGCCCUCGCUAUGGGUAAAGUUAAAGGGCCACUGCGGAAGUGGGCACCAACUGUUAUUGGUUUACUGGCGAUUCCGUUCAUCAUUCACCCCAUCGAUCGCGGAGUGGACUUCGUGAUGGAUGAAACCUAUCGGAAGUUUUUUAAAUAGUGCCAAUUGUAGCGAGACCUGGUGUUAACUGGGUUCAUUACUGAAUUGUAUUUUAUUCUCGAACGCAUAAAUGACAAAUUAGACGAUCUCGAAAAAAUAGAAAAAAAUCGCUACGUUAUAAUAGCUAGUUACUUUUGGGUAUACCAUGCUGUGAUAGGCACAAACGCUAUUUAGCAAUCUGUUCAAUCUGGGUGCUAAACAUUAUGGAUAACACGCAAUAAAUCGUUACUAUUA